GUGAUGGAAGCCACACGUCGGACUACUGAUGCAGUGGGAGAGGUGGAGAGAGAGGGAAAGAGACAGGAAAGAGAGAGAGAAACGGAGCGAGAGAGAGAGAGAGAGGCUGUGCAGCAGAGCGGGAAGACAGUCCCACUCAGACGAAGCCACACGGGCUCAGACGGACCAUCUCUGCUGCAGCUGUGGAUUCUCCAUCUUAUCCUGCAGGCCACUUUGCCGGAAUACCAGCCAAACCUGCCUCAGGGCCCGGGAGGAUGGUGAACAACAUGUGACCGGCCUGCACGCCACUGUUGACAGCAUGCUUCGCCUGCACCACACCUCAGCCGCCUGCUUCUGGUGUUUUCUGCUAAUCACGCUUCAGAGGUGGGCCCUAGCGGACGAAGAGGCCCACUGGGGAACAACGCCAUCGGAAAAGCCGCCUGAAGAUCAACACAGUAGUUACUGGUGGCCGCCGUCUCUGCCCAAAAUCCCUUCCCUUUCUUUGCCACGGCUCCACAUCCCAUUCUCUCUCUGGGGUCAGGAUGAAGUCGAUGUUCUGACGACAACUGCCAGCGUGGUGACAGAACCAAUCGAUCGCUCCCAAGAUCACUGGGAUUCAAGCGAAGCUUCGGUACCGCCCACCACGUUGACCACCAAAACAAAGAUAAGAACCGAACCACCUCCAGCAGGGACACCAGAUUCUCCGUACAGAAGCACAGCACACGGUCACAAUGACGCUCUUGUCUCAGAUUCCUACUCCCUCACAAGCUCUUCCAUUCCGAGCACUCUGUUUGCCUCCAAUCCCGCCAGCACAAACGCUCCUGAACAAAAUGCAACAUGCACCCACCCACCACAGCGCACUGCACAAGCAGUCGGACCCAGCAUGGGUGCCACUGAGCAACACCUCUCAAAAGAACACACUGAUCGAGAUCCUACAAACAGGAUCUCUGCAGCGUCUUCGACGUUGGCACCAGAAACUACAGUGCCCACUGCUCUGACACAGGCAGCAGCUCAAAUCAUAACGACAAACCCGGGGCCGCUGGACACCACACUGACCAGACACCCUUUAGGAAGUACAACUUCCCCUAGAUCCCCAGAAACCACAUAUGUCACAACACCGCAAGACGCGACUGUUAACCUCACGCCUGGCAAGACCGCAACCGCAGAAACUCAACCCCUUCAGGGUGAGGCUGACCUGAGCUUCUCUGAGUCCACAUCGGGGCCAGCGGAGGAACAGUCCACUGCUAUGGCGAUCGAUCGCAAACUAGUGCUGGAAUCCAUAACAACCACAAGUCUAAGCCAAGAGGUUAACGUCCCAAUAACAGGAGAGUUGCCGAGCAAAGAGAAUGAGGAGGACGAGGAAGGUGCGGACGUUUCUACUACACCAUCAGCUGAGCCGCUAAUAACACCCGGGCCUCAGUGGACAGAUAUUCCACUGAACAGUGAUGAAUGGCUGGUCAGUCCAAAGGACAACGAAGAAGUCACGUUUCUUCCAGACUGCAAUAAAGAACGCUCUGGGAUCUGCAACAUCUCUGACACCUGGGACUUGCCAACUUCUGACGUCAAGCCCACACAGAACACCACCGCCACAAACAUGUUCAUGAUCCCAGCACCACCGAUGUUGGUGCCAUUGUAUAGUGACUGGAACAGUGCCAUGGCAGCUUGGGGUUUAGCCUGGGAGGCACACGUUUACGGCACUGGCUGUGCCUUUGCUAUGCUAACACUAGCCUCAGCACUCAACUUGCUCUGCUUGCCGCUGCGAUGCCCAUCUGGAUGUGGCUACUUUGCUCUGGUUAGUUUGUUUCUCCUAGCGGCUGGAUGUACCAGGUCUUUCUCUUUGCUAUAUGAUGCAUACGGCCACCAGGACCGCUUGCCCUCCACAGAGGCCUCACUGAUGCUCUAUGAAGCGCCAUUUCCCUGCCUGACUGCAGCUUUUGGUCUGGUUUUCCUCCUCCUCUCCAUGCGUUCAAGGAUGCAGCUCUCAUACUCAGCCUUCCAAAGACCAUGUUUCCUGGCCUGCCUGGUUGUCCUGCACUUUGCCGCUGCAUUUGGACCAGUAACUCUGCUCAGGUUUUAUCAGCAAAAACCCCUUUGCUUGUUUCUUUCACUAAUCUCCCGCGGAGCAUUUGUAGCACUGGCAACAUUUCUGUCUGCGGCCUAUUUUGUGUUCUACAUCUACGUACGAGCAGACUCGAAGCAUAUCUACCACCUGAAUAACACAUCUCCAACACCUGCUGAGCGUUACAACCGCUGCCCCUUUGCAGAAAGUCGGGACUGGGAACGUGCAGCACUAACAGUUUGUCUUUCGGCAUUGUUUUUUUUAGCAUGUGCUGGACUGCAGUUAUAUGCAAUGCUCAACGCUAUGGGUGUUGCUGGUGGAGAGGAGGUCUUCCAUCCUUGGCCGUGGUGGACAUUUCAAUUCAGUUGCAGACUGUGUGAGCUUGGAGUAUGCCUUACCUUAGCCUUUGUGGUUGCACAGCCAGUCUAUUGUUCCAACCACCUAUCAGGUGCUGGAAGCUGCUGGACUGAACUGUUGGCAUCUAAGUCACCGAUGAUACCUGGGAGCUAUCAAUGGACACUAAGUCAGCAGGAGAAGCUCGCCAUUGUUGAUACCAUUGGUCUUGGAGAAACUGAGAGCCUCCCACUUUACACUUUGAUAGAUGACAGACUUGCUAACAGUCUAAAUGAUCUAGACCUCCUCUACCACAGCAACCGGGCCUUGGCAUAUCAAGACUUAGAUUUGCAUUUACAGGAUUCUGAAAAGCCUGAAGGCGGAGCACCAUCAGGAGGAUCUUCAAUUACCAGUGACUCCACUGCAGACCUACGGCCACCUUCACCCAUCAACCUACGUCGCAGCAUAGAUGAGGCACUCUUCAGUGAGGCAUUAUUCCCAAUGAGCCUCUUCAGCACUUCUGGAACAUUUCGCUGCAGUGACCAAUCCAUAAAUAACGGUCCAGUUCUCCAAAGCAGCUUCUGCGAUCCCUUCACAGAUGAUUCCGGUCUGUAUCGGACUUCUUCCUGUGUUGAGAUGGCCUCUCAACCUCAUCUUCUUUGCACCCAAUCUCAAGCCGAUACGGAUAUGGGUGGACCAUCUCCUUCCCUGUCAUGCUCCUCAAGCUGUUCAUCCCCUGAACAAUGGAGAGACAGUUCUUCCUGUUCUCUUUACAGAGCAUCUCUCGGGGGAUCCUCACACGUCCUCUGCCCAAGCCCGGACACACACACUCAGCAGGCCAACUCAGGCAAUGUGGCAUCUUCUGGCCAGCAGGCCCAUCCAGACCCACAGAAGUGUUACCACGCGUUGGGUGCCACUUCACAACAGAGCUUGGACCUGGACAUGUCGUCUGAGGCUGACCGGUCUGUGCAGCAGGAGUUCAUCUGUGUUUGCAAGCAAACUGAUGCUCUGAGCAUCUGCAGCGAGACUAUUGAUUUAUAAAGGACAAUGAUCAAUUAAACACUUAUCAAAACUGGCACCUGCUUUGCAAGGUGUAACAGAGCAAACUAUUUUUAGAAGAUUUUGAAGGAAUGUCUGAGAAUUCAAGUGCCAAGAAUGUUAAAAUCUAAAAGGCGAUUUGUAAGCAACUUUUGAAGGACUGUUUAGUCAAAAAGAGUUCAAGAAAUGUUGGUCAUUCCGGUAACAGAUAAC